GUCCAAAUCACACUUUAAAAUGUUAAAGAUGCAUAAGAUAGGUUGUCUUUUGGAUCCCACUGUAUACCAGUGUAUUGCAUGCAUUACGUAAAGAGUUGAGGCUGGUUGAGAUGUCCAUACUGCUCACUAUAUGAAGACUACAGAAGUCAAUCAAGUGUACAGCACCUUGCAAACCUGCUGUAAAAAAAAAAAAAAAACAUGGAUGCUGCUGGCUAAUGGUGUUAUUUUUCUGAAGAGUAGCGAAUAGGAGGGGCUUGAAGUCAGUCAAAGUUUUCCGGCCUCUGGCUGUUCCCGUGUCUGUCAGGGGGUUUCAAGUUUUGCUCACAGCCGUUUCACAUGGGCAGCUUGUGAGCAUGUCAUUGUUUUGGCUUUAUUUGGAAGUGGGAGGUGACUUCAAUGUAGUGAUAGAGGGUCCCCCCAGACGGGCUGUGUUAAAAAGGGCUCCUCUGUUAAACUGUCAUACUGCUUCUGGAUCCAUGAAUAGAUACAGACAGAGAAAGAUUCAUUCAGAUCCACUCAGCAGCUGAGCUGGAGCUCGGAUGGAGGUCUGUGAGGAUUUUCUGGAAGGGAAAAAGCACAUUGAGCACUCUUCAUGCAGUGUUCUGGAAUACAAUGAUCUUGAGGCUGCUGAAGCUCUGGUUUAUAUGAGCUUCUGGAGUCAGAUGUCUCCAAAGCCCAAUGCCUUCAAACCUCGCCCUCUUACGCCAGCGUCAGACUCUUGCGAUUCUCUCUUGCACCCUGAACCGCCGGAGACCCCGAAGGACUUUGUCUCGCUCUCUUCACUGUGCAUGACCCCACCACACAGCCCCAGCUUUACCGACACCUCCAGCACCACAUCAGUGCCAGCCCCCCCCUCUCCGCUGGCUCUGCUCUGUCCCAGCCUCCCCAGUCCGAGAUCUGCAUGCCCUACCAUGGCCUCCAUCACACAGAUGCCCUCUUCUGGGCACCCCACAGAGAAGAUCACACCCCCACCUUGCAGAGCAAUGGCAACCAGCGUAAUACGCCACACAGCCGACAGUUCUUUAUAUCAGAACAUUCCACAAGCUGUCCACCCACAAAAGACUGAGAAGGUUCCUUCGUCCCACCAACCUGAGACCGAAACUCCUACAAGAGGCAUGUGCCAAAACAGCAGCAAACUGACUUCUAAGGCUUAUACGCCCUCCAUUACAUCAUCUCCUCAGUCGCCGCCCCCAAACUCCAGUCCGCCAAUCAUAUGCCAAAUGUUCCCAGUGGCCCAACCUGGAGUCAUCUCAGCCACGUUUAUUCAGAAGCCCAGCCCUGGGGUGAAGUCUAUCUUUCCACAGCCGCUCCUGAUGGGCUCGCCAGUGCCUCAGGGGACGGUGAUGUUCGUGAUGCCGCAGUCAUCAGUGUCUUCGGCUUCUCAAUGCCAACAGACUGUUAUGACCCUAGGCAACACUAAGCUCCUGCCUCUGGCUCCCGCACCUGUAUACGUGCCUUCGGGACAGAGCAGCGCCACACAGGCCGACUUUUCACGCAGGCGCAACUACGUCUGCAAUUUCCCCGGCUGUCGGAAGACCUAUUUCAAAAGUUCUCACCUAAAGGCGCAUCUCAGAACCCACACAGGAGAGAAACCUUUUAGCUGCAACUGGGAAGGAUGCGAUAAGAAAUUUGCUCGAUCCGACGAGCUCUCCAGGCAUCGGCGAACACACACGGGUGAGAAGAAGUUUGUCUGUCCGGUGUGUGACAGACGGUUUAUGCGCAGCGACCACCUCACCAAGCAUGCACGGCGACACAUGACCACCAAGAAGAUCCCAUCUUGGCAAACAGAGGUGCGGAACCUCAACAAGAUCAGCGCAGCCAAGGCCUUGCCCACUGGCACAGCACUACCGGUCAGCAUGUUGCUGCCAGCCUCCAACUGACUCUCUUUGAGACUGAACUCUGGACUCUCACUGAUGUUAUGCAGGGACUCACUUUAUGAGGGCAUUGCUGCUGAUUCUCUCAUGGGCAAAACCUGAUUAUGCACUGGACUCCUUUCUUCUUUGCUGCACAUAUUUCGCACUCUGCAGUGGAACAUUUCGUUUACUAUUGUUUAAGAUUUAUGCACUCUUUUGCCAAAGUCUUUGUACUAUGUUCGUCUUAAAAUUUCUUUCUUUUUCUUUGUUUUUGUAUACAUUUAUAUGUACAUAUCUAGUGGAAAUGUAUGCUAAACUCCACAAAAUUAGAGAAAGGAAAAUAUGUAAAAAUGUAUAUGUGGAUAAUUAUCUACACUGCGAUUAUCAUAUAAUACUUUUAUUUAAUACCCUCCCUUUUUUAAUUAAACUACGACAAUGAA